AUGCGAGCUCGGAAACAGAUUCUUAAAUCAACCGUGCUGGGUAUCGCUGAACUACAUGAACAGCAAAUUGUCCAUCUUGAUAUAAAGCCGGAUAAUGUCAUGGUUAACUGCCAAUGUGGCGACGAAGAGACAAUCGUCGAAAAUGCACAGCUAACUGACCUUGAAAACGCCGCAUAUCUCCCUAAAGGUAGAUGCAUCAAAGGCAUGCUUGCUGGUAACGACAACUGGCGCAGUCCAGAAGCACACUUUAGGGGCGAGCUCAAUAAGCCAACCGACAUGUUCGCCUUUGGAACGGUCUGUAUAUAUGCGUUCCUCGGGCGUGUUAUCUUUGGCCCCGACAAUGAUUUCCAGCUACAUCAAGCGCAGGGUGCAUUGCCUGCUUUCAUACGCCUACAGCGCCAGGUCUCAUACUUUGGCGACCAGCAAGGGAUCAGUGGUCUAUUAAGACAUAUCAGUGGCAACGAAACUAACUGCCACGUCUUGAACAUGCUAUGGGAUGGGAGGACAGACGAAAAUAUACCUUACAAGCCUUUUACCGAGUGGCCAGACGUCAUUGACAUGGCUUUCAAGGAUCUUAUAGGAAGACUCAUGAACUUAGAUCCGGCGAAACGACUUACUGCCCGCGAAGUAUUGGAACACCUAUGGUUUGCAGAUGUCUGA